CUGGGGUGGGUACCCGAAGUAACCUUGUCUCGAGGGUUCCCUGUCAUAUAAAAAAAAAAUGGUGGUUUUUUAUGUUCUUACCCGUGUUUUUGUACUCCUUAGGUAUUUUUGGUGAAGUUGUUAAUGUGGAGCUGCCAAUGGAUCACUCUAACAAUCUUCCAAAGGGAUAUGGAUAUGUGGAGUUCAAGGAAAAAGAAGAUGCUGAAAUGACAAAAUUGUACAUGCAUCGUAACAAAAUUAAUGGGAAUGCUAUUAAAGUAAAAUUCUCAUUUGUGUCACUAACCCUAAAAGCCAUUACCACUUUGUCGAAAAUAGACGCUCCCAAAACUAACAACAUUUCUGAUGGUGAGAAGGAUAGACUCAAGCGGCAGAGGGAAGCUUCUCUUUGUCGGAAGCCUCUUGCCUCACCAAGAAGGGGAUCCCCUGUACAAAGGGAUGGUUCUCCUAGACGAUCGCCAGAUUCUCCUCUACGUCGUCGUGCAGAUUCUCCAGUGCAUCGUCAAGUAGAAUCUCCUUAUCGACGUGAUGAUACACAUCCGAGGAGGAGGUCCACAUCUUCAGGCAGAGUUCCAUCUCCACUGAUGCGCAAUAGAUCCCCUUCAAGGUUGAUGACAUGUUAAAAUUUGCCCAUGCAGCCUCCGUUCCUGAUUCCAUAAAGGCUGAAUUGUUGCUAAGAAUUUGAACGUGUGUCAGGAGCAGCUCUUUGACACAGUAGCCUUUGUUCAGGAGAGGAGACAGAUAUUAUAGGUUCCUUGGGGUGGAGGCAACCGUACUUUACUGUAACAACCAGCGGAAUGCUUGAGAAAGUUUCAUCCUUUUAUUGCUAUAAUGAUGAGAACUGAUAGAAACCAGUUCCUUACGCAUAUAGUAAUUCUUACUUGCAAAUAUUUUCAUUGGUAA